AAAUAGAUUUAGAUAGAUGGAUAAAUAAUGCAAAUUUAUCUGGGAAACUAUAGGCCUGCAAGUCUGACCUGUCUGUUAUGGGGAAGGAGAGGUUUGCUGAGGGAUUAUAUUUAGAAAUGGGUUUUGGAGAAUAAUAAAAGUAUAUUAGUUAGUGUUUUGUGUUAGUGUAACUAAUGGUCUAACCCCAAGGUGCAUUAGUCUUGGGAAUUAAUUGUACAGGUUUAACAAUGUUCUGCUUUCCUCCCCCAGAUUCAUCUAAAUCACAAUCAAUCACAUCAAUCAAAUCAAUCAGAAUCAAUCACAUCGAAAACAGAAUCACACAAUGAAGGUUGAACUCAAAUCCAUUGAUAUAGAGAACCAAAAGAAUGUUCCAAUGAGAAGAAGAAAGAACAGUAUGUGCAAGGAAUUCCUGAGAUGCUUCGGCUCAUUUGUUCUAGGCAUGUUCUUGGCCAUAGUAUUUGCCUUCUUCACUCUGUUUGUGAAGAGCUACAGCCUGGACAUCUGCAUCAUCGCCAGCGCCUUUAUUGGAGUUUUCCUAUCUCUCGGCAUGGCGUUUUCUGAGCAGAUUCGUGUAAUUGUAUUCCUAACACUGCCGCAGAUUUUUGCAGCUCAAGGCAAGAACCUGAUUAUUGCACUGGCCUUUUCGCUGACCAUCCAAGGACCCGCCGGAAAUAUCCUGGAGAAUUACAAGCGGGUGUCGGAAGCAACCUCGUGCGGGUUGCAGUUGGCCGUGAAUCAGACCUUAGAAGUUGUUGAGGAGAUGAAAGCGCCUGUGAUGAGGGCUUUGGACAAGAUCAAGUCCAUUGCUGGUAACUUUAAAAAUGUCUCCAAGCGGUCGCAAGGCUUCUUUACUGCCCUACAGGAGGGCGUGAGACGUAUAGGCCGAGACUUGAGAGCGGCGUGGUCAUACCUGUACAACAUGGGAACUAUCUGCAAUGAGGAGUUAGGGAACCCGAGCAAGAAAUGUUACCAGCAAUUCGAUACGGCCAAGCAGACUUGUACCGAUAAUGCCGGCUUGUUUGGCUUCGUCUGCGGCAUUAUAGACACAUUUCGGCCCCUGUGUGCACUGGCUGGAGUUCCGUGCAUGGGCCCCGACUUUGUUCAGACUCACGUCAGUCGACUGAUGGACAAAGCUGCCGAUUCCGUCCUUAACAAGUUCAAGGAUCACUUUCUGUUUAAUAUCACUGUCAUCCACGACUUUGAUAUCAACGCCAGCGCCACCGACGUGAUCAACGUGGCAGAGCAGAUUAUGGACGAGGUGAACGCCAGUAUAGAGCCUUACCUGGAGAUUAUUGGACUGGCCCAGUAUUUUGUGCUCUUCUUCUGCCUUUACUCCUUCAUUCGGGCGGCGCUAUAUCGCAGGAAUUACCUGCUCAAUGACAAGCACGACAAUUUCUACAUCACUAAGAACUUUAUGAAGCUGAAUGAGCUGAGAGUGAAGACUGGUGCUCCCUCUCUGUUACCCCUGAACAUGAAGGAGCAAUCUCUCUACGUCUCACCUGUUUCCCUGAAGAUGACGUCAAUUGAGAAGAAUAUGUUGACCGGUUUCUUGGGGAUUGUGCCGUACAUGAUAGGCUCCAUCUUCAUCAUCUUGAUAGAUUUCGGAGCCUACUUUUUGCUAGGGAAGGCACAUGAACAGCUCAGUGGCAAUAUAACGGUGACAGCUCCUCUAAUCUUCAACGUCACCGUAACAGGCUCAAAUUUCUUCAGCGACUUCUUUAAACAAAUAAUAUCCUCAUUUGAGGAUAUGGUAAGGGGACAAGUGCAGAUUCUCACAUCCAAGUGUUUGGUUACCCCAUCAAAGCCAGACUUCCGGGGCUACAUAAUUAUCGGACUUUUAUAUGGAUUUGCCUUUUUGGCCACCGCGAUUGGGGUGUAUCUUACGAGAUUGAGACGCUCCCUCUGUGCCUAUUAUUAUCCAUAUCGUGAACUGGAAAGGAUCUGCUUCCUGUACAACACGAUUAUCUGCGAGCGCCCAGAGAGGACCCCUUAUCAUAUGAAGUACAUUGUUACUGGUUCCCAGGAUCCACAACCCAGCAGCUUCCUCUACAAGCUGGCCAAACGAAACUCUGUGUUUUACCGUCUGGUCAGACUGAUGGGCAAAAGGGAAGAGUUCUGCAUGGAAUGUGCCAAAGUCAGAACCGACAGUAACAGCCUGGAAUUUCUAGCCUGUAUUACCAGGGACUGCAGAGGGCUGUACUGCGGAGACUGCUGCAUCAAACUAGAGAACGCCUGCAAGUUCUGCCUCACUCCCCUCACCUACUCGGAUUCAACAGAUGAGGAGAUAGACUCCAGUGAUGAGGAGCAGGUCGAGCAGUGGCUGGAGGAAAGAGGCAGGAGUAAGAGGUUCAGGAAAGUGCAAAACACUGAGGAAGAUGAGGACUCGGACUCCUCCAUGGAAUUAAGUGAUGCCGACUAUGAGUACCAGGAGCAAUCCCCAUCAAGUGACAGCUCAGACGAGGAGACUCUAGAUGAGGCAUUUUCCAAGUUGACGAAGAUGAAGAAAAAAGGCAUCCCAAGGAAACUGUAUCAGAGGCGCUGAGCUAUAGCAAGACUAGGGGACAAUAAAGGAAGGGACUGAUCCCAAUAGGCAGAACUCAUUCUCCUUGGAUUUAGAAAAAUGCCCAACUGCAGAGAAGAAACGCAAUGUUUUGUACAGAAAUGAGUCCUCGUCGGCUGGGACACACCAGAUUCACAGCCCCC